AUGAGUCGUCUUCAGGAGUACCAGGUCAUUGGCAGACAUCUGCCUACAGAGGCCAACCCCACCCCGGCCCUGUACCGCAUGCGUAUCUUCGCUCCCAACUCCGUUGUUGCCAAGUCCCGGUACUGGUACUUCAUGCGGGGUCUGAAGAAGGUCAAGAAGGCCACUGGUGAGAUCGUCAGCCUGAACGUGAUCCACGAGAAGCACCCCCUGAAGGUCAAGAACUUCGGCAUCUGGAUCCGCUACGACUCCCGCUCCGGUACCCACAACAUGUACAAGGAGUACCGCGAGAUGUCCCGCACUGAGGCCGUCGAGGCUCUUUACCAGGACAUGGCUGCCCGCCACCGUGCUCGCUUCAGGUCCAUCCACAUCCUCCGCGUUGUCGAGCUCGAGAAGUCCGACGAUGUCAAGCGUCCUUACAUCAAGCAGCUGCUCUCCAAGAACCUGACCUUCCCUCUGCCCCACCGCGUCCCCAAGAUCAGCAACAAGAAGGUCUUCUCCGCCACCCGUCCUUCGACUUUUGCCUAAGUCUGUGGCUCGUCUGCUGGUAUUGGUGUGGAAGGUGGUUGGUUUGAUGCGCUAGGGAUUUUCGGGGAGGCUUCUGGGGGGUUGGCGACGGCCUUGGGCGCUUCUUUUUUUUGAACACCACAAAAGAAAAAGGAGCAGCAAAAUAAGGAAUCGUUGGUCCGGAUGAUGGUUUCCUCUGGUGUUCAUUAGGGAUCACGGCGUGUCAUUGCAUUUGCUCUCAAAAGAGAUAAAAAAAACAAAGAGUUUUAUGAGCAAAAAAGGAAUGGAACAAAAUCCAAAGACUAGAGAACGAACGAGAGCAUCCCUCCAGAUGGCGUGAGUGUGCACAAAGAUCAUGUGGAUCUAGAGAGCGGUCUAUUCGAUUCGAGCUGAGCUGUGUGGUAUCUUUUCCCCUAAAAAGGCCAAUUGCGUGCAAUACCUUUCUAUGUGCUGUGCCUCCUGACAAGUUCUUCCCUCCCUCUGCCGAAAUGCAGUGGUAUCUCUUGUACGUUAUCCAAAAUAUUCACCUCACAGUUGCAUCACAACGCCCUACCCUCGCUGCUAGGACUUGUCCCAUCCUCCAAACUCACAUUCGCAUCCACGACAAAAUCAUUCCAGGCCGACCAGUCCAUCAUGUCCAGCUGCAGCUGCUGGUUCUGUUCGUGCUGCUGCAUCUGUAGCGCAGGGUCGAUGUUGGUCAUGGCGGCGGCGGCGGCGGCGUCGUCCAUACCGCUAAAGUCGAUAGUCCAUUGUGUGUUGUGUGCGUUCUCCAGAAUCAUGGCAGAAGGGGUGGCGGCAAACUGAGAGUCUUGCGUGCGGGGACCAGAACUGGAUCCGAGGGUCGCUGUCGUGGUCGGGAUCGUGGCGCUGUCCGCCAUGGACGUAUCGGUAUUGCCAAAAUCUACGGUGAAGGGUAUUCCUGUGGGACCUACCUCUGUCGCUGCGAUGCGCGCUGGCGAUGCCCUAGGAGGAACGGCUGCCGUCGCCUGUUGCGGCUGUGCUUGCGUCCCCUCGACGGGCGCUGGCGUCUCCCAAUCUGCAUACAUU